CACCACCCAUGCUGCAAGCUGAUUACGUUCCCAUGUGUCAAUCCUAGCCUGUCCCCAUACUUCUGCAUCUCAUGUUCAGCGAGAGACUAACUGCUUCCUUGUCUGGCUGCUCAAUCCCCAUUAUUGCGACAAGUCUGCCACCUGAUCUAUCCAUGUGUGCUUACCAUCACGUGACAAAUUUGAUUUCUUUUUUUCUCAAUUUUUCACUCCUGGUGGCACACACCUCUUAUCCAUCUAUGCUUGAAGCAUAACUUGAUCUACCCCACUUUUCUAUCGUACCAUCAUAGUCUUUAUCAUGGGCUGCCACAAAAAAUUGUACUUGCUCACGCUUGCCGCGGUAGUGGUGACCGCUGGCUGUGUUGAAGCGGUACACGCGUAUCUCAGAAGCCAGAAGAAGAAGCCUACCCCAACCAAGACAAAGCAGACAGUGCACGACGAAGAGUUGAUUCGCGAACAGCUUGCGCGCAACUACACGUUUCUUUCCGAAAAAGGGAUGGAAAAGGUGAGAAACCAGCGUGUGGUGGUUGUGGGGGCCGGUGGAGUCGGUUCCUGGGUCACCACGAUGCUUGUGCGAGCCGGCGUGCUGGCGCUUAGAAUCAUCGACUUCGACCAGGUCUCCUUAUCGUCUUUAAACCGCCACUCUGUGGCAACCUUGGCCGAUGUGGGUGUCUCCAAGGUGGAGAUUUUGAAGGCGCACUCCUUGCAGGUUGCUCCGUGGUGUGAGAUCGAUGCGGUCAACUCGUUGUGGACACUUCCGGACGCUGAAAAGUUGAUCUACGGCGGCGACUUCAACCCUACAUACGUCGUGGAUUGUAUUGACAACAUCGACACCAAGGUGGACUUGCUUGCGUUCUGCUACCGCAACAAGAUCCCAGUGGUUUCCUCCGGUGGGGCCGGAUGCAAGUCGGAUCCGACCAGAAUCAACAUUGGAGACAUCUCUAGCACCGAGGAGGAUCCGUUGUGCCGCUCAGUCAGGCGCCGAUUAAAGAAGAUGGGUAUCAACGGCGGGAUUCCGGUGGUUUUCUCGGCCGAAAAGCCUGAUCCGCGCAAGGCUGCGUUGUUGCCUUUGGAGGAGGCUGAGUUUGAGAAUGGCCCGGUGGAGGAGUUAUCCGCAUUGAAAAACUUCCGUGUGCGUAUCUUGCCGGUUUUGGGAACCAUGCCUGGGAUGUUUGGGUUGACCAUCGCGACCCACAUUCUCACCACCAUCGCGGGAUACCCGAUCGAACCAAUUGAAGGCAAAAACAGGAUCAAGGUGUAUGACGGCAUCUUACAGAGCUUGGCCGGCCAGCAGACACGCGUCGGUGAAAACGACCAGCGCGUGCCGAUCUCGAUUCAUGACGUGCAGUACUUGGUGGAAGAGGUCUGGAGGGGCAAGUCGCCGAUCUCCAACUACUCCACCAGAUUGACCUUGUGUCGCUGGGACCCAAAGAAGGAGCCAAGCUACCAGAACAUUGUGUUAAUGACAAAGGAGGAGCAAAAGAUGCACGAGCAGAGGGUAUUGAAUGGGGGAGAGCCGGUGGAAGCUGUAUAUGAUACAAAGGUGCUUGCAAAUGUGCGGAGGAGGUUUGCUGAAGAGGAGUAUUACAGCCAGUACCGGUAACUGCUGUCUGUACUUCCUAGAGCCAGUGCCCUGGAGGUCCUAUAAACUACAGUCGGGCCAUAUAUUAUAGAUUAAUGAAAAGAUACGAAGGGCGGUAGAGUAGGUAGAUGGGGUAAGGUAUUGGUAGGUGUAUUUCCUUUGGAGUGUUGUAAGAUUGGUGAGGGGACGUUGGUAUAUUAAAGAACGAAUGAUUAUCGAAUAGCGGUCAUGGGCACAUGGUGUCACGUAUAGGAAAUGAGAAGAAUACGACGGAGGUUAUGAAUGAGGG